AUGGCAUGCCAGGCAACCAGAACUGUUGCCUCCGAGGACAGCGAACCUGCUUUACCAGCAAUCAAGAGGCUAAGUGCGCAGCAUGACAAGACAAAAACACCCCAAGAGCAGGAUGCUCGGUCUGAGUCCAGCUCACAGCAUGAUCACCUUGGGGCAAGGAGAGGUGUUAAACGCAAGCAGCAGAGCACGGGAGGCUAUACAGAAGAAGACAACAGUUCAUCAGACUCCGGGCUGCAGGAGUCCUCCCGAGACAAUUCACAAGAGAGUAGUGCGGGCAGCGAGGACAUCGGACUUUCAAACAACCGGGAGGCAAGGUCUGAGGACAGCCGCCCGGCAGGUUCGUUAGACAAUUUCAUCGACCCUGCCAACAGCCCCCUCGAAGGCCCGUUCUUCCAUGCAGCUGUCGACAACAAGGAACGAGCAGCACGCGCUGCAGAGCAGGUAAAGAAACCGUCGAGUAGCGGCGAACGACGUCGUGACGAGGGUGUGUUUGAUGAGGAGAUCGCAGAACCGGACGCCGAAUGGAGCGGAGACGAUCUGGACCUGGGUCAGGACUGCUUGAUCGAGGACCUCGCGCAAGAGAUGGUGAGGACAUCUGUCCGCGACCCGGAACCGGGCCCGACCACGACUAUCGUAGAGGAGUGGAGGCGUCUCGUGAAGGGCGGGUAUGCGGUGGCGAGUGGGCUGCUGACGACGAUCAUGAAGGACGAGACGAAGAACCCGCAGCCUGGCCGGUGGAGGCACUUGACGCGCAAGGAGGCGAGCUUCUGCGCACCGGAGGACAACAUGCUGUACAUGACGACGGGCAAGGCGAACGACGUGAUCGUGCUGGACGUGGCACUACAUUGUCCGGCCGGUUGUCAAAAAGCGCACUACGAUUUGCCCGGGGCCCGCAAGAUACGGGGCUGUUCAUCCAGCGGGGCCACGUCAAAUGUACGGAAUUU